AUGGAUGCUAGCUACCCAUCUGUUGAUGAAAACGAAUGGAAAUUCCAUGAGAUUGCCCCUUUCUUGAACCAUACUGGGGUGACAAGUGCAAUGGUAGCAAGCGAGUCCUACGAAAGUGAAUCAGUCAUCCCAGCUGAGAAGUUGCAAGAUUUGAAAAUUCGAAAUAUAUUCAUGAUCACACUUGAGUCGACCACAUCGCAGGUCUUCCCAAUCCAAAAUAAUACGCACCUUUUGAAAGAGGUCUACAAGCAUCGCCGUCCACAUCAAGCAUACGCUGAGCCUCUUGACGCAACGCCAUUUGCUAAGCAACUGUUUGGGGAUGAUAGUGAUGGAACCCACGCGAAUGGGAUCGUCAUUGAAGGCGCCGAGACAUCAAGCAGCUACACGCUAAAAAGUAUGUUAGCAAGUCAUUGUGGGGUCUCACCUCUUGCGGUCGACUUUCUCGAAGAAGUCACUGGCACCAUUUACCAACCGUGUCUUGCACAUAUUCUCAAAGAAUGGUCUCUUCCUUCUAUUUCUUCCCAGAAAAGCAUGACCAACCACAGCCAGACAUUGGAUUUCAGGGGCAAGAGAUGCAGAGAUGACUGGUGUGGUGCAUCUUGGGGCACACACUUUGUCCAGUCGACCAUUGCAGGCUAUGAUCGGCAACAAGCAAUGAUGAAGAUGAUGGGCUUUGAUACGGGAGAGGUACUAUCCAAGGAAACAUUAAUGCUAACCACGGCAAAAUACCCGAUUCCUGACGGAACUAUUAACUCCGGAGAAUGGUCCUUCCCGGAGACUUUUAUUAUGCCUUAUAUCCGAGACUUGAUUCGAAAAUCGCGGGUCAGUGGUGAUCGUCUAUUCCUGAGCCAUCUGACGAGCACGACGCACUAUCCAUUCCGUUCUCCAAAAUCAUGGAAUAAGAGAAAGUACACAGACCAUUCAGAGCUCAACAAUUAUUUGAAUACAAUUGCCUGGUCAGAUUCUUGGGUGAAACAGCUAUUUGAUGUCCUGGAGAAGGAAGGAAUCGCCGAUGAAACUUUGGUUAUUAUCAGCGGCGACCAUGGUAUGGCUAUUGAAGACGGGGAUCUCAGUCAAACCCUGCCAUACGCCAAUCCGCACGUGAACAAUUUCCGUAUUCCAAUGAUGUUUCAUCAUCCCAAGUUGACAGAAACUCGUAUUGUCGCCAAUUGGACCAACGUUUCAAUACUACCUACCAUACUCGACUUGUUACAAGAGACAAGCAGUCUCAAUCCAGAACAAAAAAAAUCAGCAAAAGUUCUUCUCCGUGAAUACGAGGGACAAUCACUGCUCCGUCAACCCAAGUACCGCUUUCCCAAUGGAAACAAGAAAUACAACUUUGGAGUGGCCAACCCUGGUGGUACACAUCUGGCAGUCUCAUCUCCAGAUCCCGACGUACCCUGGCGUAUGACACUCCCCUUGUGUCAAUCGGGAACGUUGACGUUCGCCAAUAUCGUUGAGGAUCAGGAUGAGAAAGAAGUUGUCAGACUGCUGACACCCACGCUCUUGAUAGAGUCCAUUCAGAAUAAGUGGGGAGACAAAGCAGCUACGUGGGCUCAAGAGGCUCUCUCUGCUGCCGAUAAGUGGAUGAAGGACACAUCGAAACGGUGGAAACUAUCUUAG